AUGUUUUGGAGAGAAGGAUUCACGGACAGGCUACCUUCCAAUCCUAACCCUAAUUACCCCCAAUUAGCCCCUCGGCCCCCUCACUCUCACGAUCCGCCGCACCUCCUGUACCCCCUCGCCUCCUCCAGCCGAGGGUUUGUAUCCAGGCCGGCUGGGGGUACCUCCCCGAGGCCGCCGUUUGUUUACCCUUAUUUUGAUCCGGGUCGGGGCAACCCGGGUUUCGUCAGGCCGAACCAAUUGCCUCAGGUGCUCCUCGGGUCCGGGCCGGGUUCCUCUGUCAACCCUUCAGGUACAGGGGUGAUGCCUGGUGUAGUUAAAGGAGUUCCUGUCUCCUCUUCACACCAUCCAAAGGCUGGUCCGCCUUCUGAUAUUAAUGGCCACAACAAUUUAAGGGAUAGAAAUAGGGAUGAUACUCUUGCAGUUGUCAGAGAUAGGAAGGUCCGGAUUACUGAGAAUGCCUCACUUUAUGGCCUCUGUAGGUCAUGGUUAAGGAAUGGAUUUCCUGAAGAGACUCAGCUGCCACCAUACCUGGAUAUGGUCAAAUCUCUUCCAAGACCUUUGCCCGUAGCUGCACAAACUGUUGAAUCACCCGAUAAAGAAGCAGAAAACAAAGAAGUGGAAGAUGAGGAAGAAUGUUCUGUUGAGAAUUUGUCUGAGAAGGAGCUCUUGCAGAGACAUAUCAAACGUGCCAAGAGGGUUCGUUCACGUCUAAGAGAAGAACGGUUGCAACGUAUUACAAGAUACAAAACCCGACUCGCGCUUCUGUUGCCGCCAAUGGUCGAACAGCAAUACAAGAAUGAAUCUGAUCAUGCAAACUGA